AUGUCUCUCCUUCCACCACCACUUCUCCCUUUCUUACCCUUUGUACCUUUCCUCCUUUUGUUGACGAUCGUGUGUUUUUUCAUACAUCGGCGCCGUGGCCAGCCGGAAAAUGACAAGCGGCGGCUACCUCCUGGUUCAAUGGGUUGGCCUUAUAUCGGCGAAACCCUCAGUCUCUACUCACAGAAUCCGAACAAUUUCUUCUCUAAACGUCAAAAAAGGCAUGGGAAGAUUUUCAAGAGUCAUAUACUCGGAUGCCCAUGUGUGAUGACAUCAAGCCCUGAGGUAGCGAAAACCGUCUUGGUGACUCAAUCUCAUCUCUUUAAACCAACAUACCCCACAAGCAAAGAGAUGAUGAUAGGCCCUGAAGCUGUCUUCUUUCACCAAGGCUCCUACCAUUCUCAUCUCAAGAAACUCAUCCGAUCGUCAUUUCUUCCUUCCGCCAUCAAAGGUUUGGUUCCCAAGAUCGAAUCCAUUGUCCUCGAUCUUCUUCCUGUUUGGGAGCAUUCCAAAGUUAUCAACACUUUGCAUGAGAUGAAGAAGUAUUCGUAUCAAGUCGCUAUUAUUUCUGUGUUCGGGAAGAAGUUGGAGGUGGAUGAGAUGAAAGGAGUGAAGCAUUUGUAUCAAUGUAUAGAGAAAGGAUACAAUUCCAUGCCUUUGGAUCUCCCUGGAACUCCAUUCAAUAAAGCAAUGAAGGCGAGGAAGCUUCUGAAUGAGAAAUUGAGGAAGAUGAUAGAAAUGAGAAGAGAGAAUGGGGAGCAUGGUGGAGGAUUGCUUGGGUUAUUAUUGGGAUUAAAGGAAAAAGAUCAAUUGAGUGAUUCACAGAUAGCAGAUAAUAUAAUUGGAGUCAUAUUUGCAGCUCAUGAUACAACUGCAAGUGUCCUAACAUGGCUUCUCAAGAACUUGCAUGAUAAUCCUCAUCUCUUGGAUGCUGUUAAGAUGGAACAAGAAGAAAUCAAGUGCACGAGACUCGAGGCCAACCGUGGGAUUACAUGGGAUGAUACGCGACAAAUGCCAUUAACUAUGCGAGUGUUACAAGAGACACUGAGAACCGCAAGCAUACUCUCGUUUACAUUUCGAGAAGCGGUUGAAGACGUGGAAAUAGAUGGGUAUCUGAUUCCACGGGGUUGGAAGGUUCUUCCUCUCUUUAGGGCCAUUCAUUACUCCUCCGACUUUUUCCCUAACCCCGACAAGUUUGAUCCAUCAAGAUUCGAGGUAGCACCUCGGGCUAACACAUACAUGCCUUUUGGGAAUGGAGUUCACUCGUGUCCAGGGAGCGAGCUAGCUAAGGUUGAGACGCUCAUCCUCAUCCACCACCUCAUCACCUCCUACCGAUGGGACGUGAUCGGAGAUCACAAUGGCAUACAGUAUGGCCCCUUUCCCGUGCCCAAACAAGGCUUGCCUAUCAAAAUCCACCGCAUUAGUGAGAUCUAA